UCCGGUGCUGAUCGCGACGCGGGUUUGUCGGCAGAGCCCGGGCGGGCGGCGGCGGCGGCGGCUGUUGGCGUGCGGCGGAGAGCGGGCGGCAGCGGAGCGAGCGGCGCGCCGCGCCCGGCCAUGAGGCACGAAGCGCCCAUGCAGAUGGCAUCUGCUCAAGAUUCCAGAUAUGGCCAGAAAGAUACAUCUGACCAGAACUUUGAUUACAUGUUCAAACUGCUCAUUAUCGGCAACAGCAGUGUUGGGAAAACCUCCUUUUUGUUCCGAUACGCUGAUGAUUCCUUUACAUCUGCAUUUGUAAGCACAGUUGGGAUCGAUUUCAAAGUAAAAACGGUUUUCAAAAAUGAGAAAAGAAUUAAGCUACAGAUUUGGGACACAGCAGGUCAGGAGAGAUACAGAACAAUUACUACAGCUUACUACCGGGGUGCAAUGGGCUUCAUUUUAAUGUAUGACAUCACAAAUGAGGAAUCUUUCAAUGCUGUGCAGGACUGGUCAACUCAAAUCAAAACAUACUCUUGGGAUAAUGCCCAGGUUAUUUUGGUCGGUAACAAAUGUGACAUGGAGGAUGAACGGGUAAUCUUCACUGAGAGAGGCAAACAUUUAGCGGAGCAACUUGGAUUUGAAUUUUUUGAAACAAGUGCCAAGGACAACAUUAACGUCAAGCAGACGUUUGAGCGACUCGUGGAUAUCAUCUGUGACAAAAUGUCGGAAAGUCUGGAAACGGAUCCCACCAUUGCUGCCAGCAAGCAGAACACGCGGCUAAAGGACACCCCUCCUCCACAGCAGCCCAACUGCGGCUGUUAAUGAGGCUAUCAGCAAAGGCAGCUCCAGUGCAUUCUGUUGCCAACAGAGUAUUUAUGAAUGGUCUAUAUGCCUUUAUUUAUACUGUCUUAUUAAUUUAUGUGGGAGAAAACUCUUUUAUUUUACAUCAGCAGCUGAUCGAGUAUACAUAUGGAGAUGGAGAGGUUAUUAGUUUGAAAGGCUGAUCCAUUUUUAGCAUCUGGCUUUUGCAUGCAGGAUGGCCAUUAGUUUCUCUUUUCUUUUUGCUGCUUUACAUUACACUUAACUUCAGCUGGUGCCAUGUCCUCAGACCACAUUUGCCUAGAAUUGACUCUUGCUUCAUCAGUUUCAAAUUGUAUAGGUGAAUCCUUAGGGUAGUGGCUGAGGUGUUUUAGAUGUUUUCCUGGUGCCACUUAUAUUUUCUCCUGACUGAAAAUCAAUUUAUAAAUGUUCCUCUAGUGAGCCAAUCCCUCAUUCAGUCCAGAUCAUUUGUAUAAGGGACACUUCUUGGAGAGUAUUGCUUUGGCUAAUCUAUGCUCAUUAUGUUACACAUCAUGGAAACUUCAGAAUUUAGAAAGAAGUUAGUUCCUGGACCCAAAGCCACUUAAUUCCCUGUGAGUUUCCAACUGGAUGUGGAUAUUCAGUGCAGAUCCUCAGAGAUAUUAGGUACUUCAUCCUGUUUGGAUAGCAAGUAUGUUUACAUUUCCGUGGGAGCUGCAUGUCUAUCUAAUACCUUUCUGAAACUGGACUUAAUUUCUCAUUCCAUCAUUACGGAGAUCUCAGUAGUACCUCCCCCAGUAGUGGAGGGCUGACUAGCUCUUUCCAUUUCUACCUGCAUGAGAUAUUAAAUACACAGUUCCAUAUUGCCCCUGACAGAGCCAAGUCCAUUAAGCUCGGUUCUUCAUAGCCAAAACCUGUCUUUUCAUGUUGCUGUCAAACCUGCAUACUUAAGUUUUCAGGAAUUUCAUCUCCCAUUCAGUCACUGAGACAACCAUCACCACACUGGCUACAAACACCUGUAUUUUACUCAGACCUAUUGCAGAGGUGCUGCUGGUGUCAAUGAACUAGAGUUUGACCUCAUUUUUACUUCGAUGGGGAUAUCUAUUUUGACAAGACAAUCAGAAUUUCACAAGGUUUUUAAAAACUUUAGGAGUAAUAAAAAUAUUGUCAAUAUUUCUAGUGUUAGGCUGAAUACGUUCCUAAGAUCAGCAAAAGGCUGUGAAGAUAGCAGAAUAAAGUACCCAAAUUACUUUUUAAUAAAGUGUUAAAAAUACUCAUCUUUCACAGUCUUUAAAAGUACUCCUCUAGCAAUUGUUGGCAGUUUCUUACAUCUGUGCCCUGGAGUACUUUGUACAACUGCUUUACUUGCGUCACAGUGACAUUUUUUAACUAAGCAGCAUAAUUGAAGAAGCCGUUAGCUGUUUUAUUGUUCCAAUUAGACAGAAUUUAGGACAAGGCUGACAUUUCUUAGACUGUCUGCAAUGGGAAAAAUCAGAAGAAAAAUAAAAAAAAGGAAGUGACACAAGGUACUGCAAACUGCUCACAACUGCAAAGAAAUCCCUCUACACGCAUUGCUUUUUUUAAAGAUAGUUUAUAUAACUCCUGAAACACACUAGGAAAAAACAGUGACUUUUUUUAUUGAUUAAAUAACCUACAUACACUUUGACACAGUAAAAAUUACUUCCAAAUAAGGCAUAUAGACACACGUAAAAUGGGUAUGCCAUUAGGGCACUACUUUGGUUGCCUAAUUUAAGUAAGUGUUCUUUCUUCAGUCUUGGGUUUUAAACCACAUCCGUCCUGUUAGCUAGUUUACUUAGGCACUUGUUUUCCUUGUAGACAUGGAGACUGGACUUCUUUACUUUCAUGAAGAGAAAGCACUGUCCUCUUUGGGGCUGAUGAGCAGCCAGGUGGAAGAGGCAUGUGCUAUCCCAACAAUAACCCUGCCUCUCUCCAGGGAUGCUGCUCUUCUCUCCUCCAUCUAAGGCAGCAUGUUUUUAACUGUGCUGAGAGACUUUCAUUAAUAUCCCUUUACCCUCUAAGGUACCAGCUGCUUUAGAAAAAGAAGUGAUAAGAAGCUGAGGAAGCUUUGUGUGAGACGGUGGGCAGUUUUCCAUCCUUUUCUUGUUAUGCGCAGUUAUUCCUCUUGGAGGAAAGGGAGCAGGGAAGCCUUGAGACAGCACUCAGCUUCAGCCCUCAAGUCCUUUAGAAAAUGUUUAGGUUGUAUUGUUAGUCUGAGCCACCUCUGGCAAGGCAAGGAGAGAGGAGGACAUAGUCAACAUCUUACGUGAGCUUGAGCAUGCAUCGUGCAACAUGGCUACAAGUCGAAGUAUUCUUCCAGCUUUGCUCUGGGACGCUUGCUGCAAAAUGGUGAUUUCCUGGGCACGUUGUAACAAGGAAAAAAGACUCCAAGAUGCCCCUUGCUACAGACACACCUUGUUUGUACUCCAUUGCAAUGAGUUCCAGACCCGCCUGCCUCUUUAUGACCAUGUAGACUCUAAUCAGUGGUGGUAAUACAUUAUUAGCAUAUAUGUUUUUUUAACAAAUUGAGUGAUAGGUAAAUAGUUCUUUACUUAAAUAGGAUGAAUUAAUUGCUUUUCAUUUUGCAUCAAGAGUCUGGGCAGAAGAGUAACAGCAAAAUCAAAGAAGGAGAAUCUCUCUCUUGCCUUUCUGAGACAACUAACCUCCCAGGCCUCCAAUAUGUCUGAUCUUCUGUAUGGGAUGGGGAGGAUGGGGGUAGCAGCUGCCAGAGUAACAUGCCAGCAAUGUGGUCUAAGGAGAAGGCUCAUCUGAACUACAGCAGCAGAACCAGUCAAUAUUUAAAAGCUCCUAGGAUCUUUGUAUUGAUGCUCAGACAUUGUCAUAGAGUUCAGAAUCAGUCAGAUUAAUUUUUAAAGUGCUCACAUCAAAUCCUUGGAGGUUUUCAAGACCAGACUGGCUAAAGCCCUGGACAGACUGCUUGGACCUCAUAGUUGACAGUAUUUUGAGCAGGAGAUUGGGAAGGGUGACCUCUUGACAUCCCAUCAAACUCAAUUUGUCCUAUCAUACUUUUCUCUGAAAUUGAAAAUGGGUAGAAGUUCAAGUAGACCUUUUCUUAACAAUCAGAGUUGCCUACUGUUAGAAAAGUAGGCUCUGAUUUUCCAUCACAGGUUGGCUUUUGCAGCCACAUGUUUCCCAGCAAUACUGAGUUUUCUGCUGUAAGGUUUGCUCAUAUUUAGAUCAGGAGCAUCAUGAUCUCAGUACCUCUCUCAGCCGGAACGUGGAUAUGGUAAAGAAACACGAAAGACAGAAAGGCUUUUGAGAAGUAGCUUAGUAACCCUUCCCCAAACGUCCUAAAAAUUUAGUUUGAAUUCUGUGGGAAGUUCCCUCAACAGGAAUGGGAUUUUUAUUCUAUUUAAAAUUAUGCCUUGGCCUGUUAGUAGGGUAGAAUAUCCAAAAGCAGCCUUUGUCGAUCUAGUUUUGCUUCUUCAGCCUUGUUCAGCCUCUAUUGUUUUAUGUGAUAGAACUGCAAUUUUCUUAAAUGCAAGUAAAGUUAGGCUGAACACUUUUGGAAAUCCCAUCCCAACCUGAUCAAGGGCCAAAAUUUAAACAGUCAAUGGCUCGUUCUUCACACAUAUCCCAUAGUCACUGAUUAUUACCUGUUGGAAGAGACAGGCAGGGUUUGGUUAGACCUCUGAUCUAUCCACAUGUGUAGCACAGUUCUGUCAAGAGACAGUACCAGGCUAAAAACCGUUAUAUAUUAGUGACGGAAGAGGGAUGGAUCAUUAAAUUGCAACCUAGGAUAAGAGAUCCAAAACUACUUUCAGCCUCAUUCUUGGUGAAAAAGUACUUGCACGCUUUGCAGUAAUUUGUUGUCACUGUCAGCACAGAAGUAGGACUGAAUGUCAUGGAGUCUUAUUGGUCCAGACACAGAUAACCCCUUCAGCUGAGAUUUAGGCCACUUGGUGAGAUAAAGCAGUUGAUACACAGAGCAGGUUAAAUUCCCGAGAGAUUAGAUGCCUGUGGGCAGAGGGUCUUGAGCCCCACAGUGCCAGCUGAACCAAUACUACGCAACCCAUUUUCCAAGUUAUGAUCUAGACUAAAGUUUUAGCAGCAGGCUAAUCCUGUGCAUGGGUAAUGCACCAGCCUUGUCACGCUCUGACAGUGUCUUGCUUGCUGCACAUUCAAACUAGUGCUCAGAAAAUGCCUUGGGAGCACACAGGAGCGCAGGAUGUGACCAGUUCCUGCGAUGCCUCCUGGCACCGACCUGCCAAACAGCUAGCAAGCCCUGCUGGGUUGAACCUUCAAACGCAAGUUUUCAAUUCUGAUAAGAGUUCAAGUUCACAAGCAUUCUGGUCCUUACAGCGCAACCACUUUAAUGCUGAUCUUUUUGUUGUUGUUGUGAAUUUGUUUAAUUAGACCUGUUUGUUUGGUGUUUGAAAUACAUAUAAGCUAGCCUGAUUUUCUGUCAAAAAAUACUCUUUCUCUCAGUGUACGUGACUGUUACCUGGAACUGUUUGUUCCUUUGUGCUUAUACUUAAUGUAAUGCCUAGAGAAACUACCUGAGCAACUACAUCUGUGUGGCCUUUCCAGAGCACCACUCUGAGAGAUUACGGUUUCUUCCCAGUCUGCUCAGCUCUUAUAUUCAGCUGUACCACCUGCACCUUCUUUAUUUUAGGAAUGAAGUGCUAUUUCAGGGUGCACAAAAUCUGCUGGAGUUUCAUCCUAACUCUGAGAAUGCUUUGAGUUUGUCAUUUUUAGGAAAAAAAUAGUGGCAAAAAUUCUACAUCUGAUGAUGAUGCCUUUGUUUCUUCGAUAGCAGACGAAUGAUGCUGCAUUUGAAUUCCAAAAGAAGCCCCCCUCCAAAUCCCCCCACACACACACCUAAUCUUUUCUAUAUUUGUUUGUGAGAGGCAAGGUUUAUUACUUGCAUUUUUAAGGGUGUCAAAUAAAUUACUGUUCUGCUGACAGACAGAUUCCUCCUUGGCCUGUUUCAUAUAGACAGACACAAAGUGUAUGAGGCUAGUUCUUCUUUAGGAUGACAGAUUGAGCAACGUGAGACCAUGAGUAUGUAAAUCCUUAUAGAUAAACCCUCAGGUGGUGUAAAGCAACGUGUCUUCACUUAUGCCAACAGGGGAGUUGUGUUGGUUUACACUAUUUAAUACACGUUGUCUCUUAAUCCAUACACUCUGACUCCAGGUUCUCCAGAUUCUUCAUCAUUUGUCAAGUCUCAUUUAAAGACGCGUCUCAUUUAAAGACGCAACUCAUUUCAAUUAUUUGAAUGAUUUUUACCAGUCUUCUUUAUGAAAUUGCACCUUUCCAAUUAAGCUUUUCUAUUUUUUCUUCUUUUUUUUUUUUUUUUUAAACUUUGUUUAUCCAUGGGUGUUCAUUGAAGCAGAAAUUGUAACUACACACAUAUAGUAUACACAUAUACACAGCAGUACAUCUUUUACACUCAUUCAGUUCCCACCGUUACUUGUUCAUGUUCCGUGCAGCCUUCCCUAAAUGCCACAGUGGAAUUUAUCCAUAAAUUCUCAUUAGCACCAGAAAUGAGCUGGGUUACAUUUGCAGACCAUAGGUUUAUUAUCCCUGGUUCCAGCAGAUGUAGGUGGCUUGUCGUUUGUAGGGUUAGGUACCUGAUAUUUGAUGUGGGGGGGAAACAAAAGCCCUAAUCUUCCAAUAACUUCAGAAUCAUGCAUAACAUGCAGAAAUGAAUGCUAGAGAUUGCUUACCACUUCUGGCGAUAAAUUUCUUCGAGUAAUUCUGACAUGUACCUGCAACUACUGUUAAAUGAUAUGUUUGUGCUGUAACUCCUGUUUAAUAUUUUGUCAGUAAUGUCAGAUGUGUCGUGACUCAGUUGGACUGUCAGAAUUUGUAAUCUAUAUGCUAGUGUUUGUGGAAUUCAAUUGUCUUAAAUGUUGCAUGAAAAUAUGUUAUAAAAAUAGAUAUGUUUUCUAUUUUUGAAUACCUCAAAACUGAGGAAUCAUGGGCCAAUAAGUGCAAUAUUUAAUUAUUUACUCAGUGUAUAUAAACUUGUGUGAAAGGGAGAAGUGUCAGGUAUGUGUGAUAUGCUGUUGAUGAUGCCUGUGUGGCUUAAGAUUUCCAGUAGAUGUAUGUGUCUUGUAGUAAAAUUUAUAUAGUGAACACUUUACCAGUGUAGUGUAAGAAUACUCUUAAGUCAUUUAAACUAUUUUUCAUAUAUAAAACAAUGGUAAAAGGUAUGUGUAUGUUUGCUGCAAGUGCAUGUCAAUUUUACUUUUAGAGUUGUGAGUGUCCUUUUUGAAAAUUAUGAUGUUACACAAACGCUAGUAGGACAGCGCUUUCAGUCAGAAGAUGCUUGUAACCAUUUCUAAACUAUCUGCCUAUAUUUUCAAAGCAUGUUCUCUAGAAACAUUAAAAGAACUUCCUAGAGCUCAGCAGUUAUGGUGAGUUAUUCAUUCUUAAAGAAUCAGUUACAUGCUCUGUCUGCCUGUACUGCAUAAUAUCGUGUGGGCAUGUUUUCUUUAAUCUGAUACAGUUAACUCAUAAUACUUACCUGAAAUAUUAAAUAGGAGUACCCAAUAUUCUUGCAGAUAACUCAACAAACUUCAGUUGGUGCCCUGAGUUAACAUUUUUGGGAACAGCUUGAAGGUCACGGUCAAAAUGGUCCAGCACAGUGGAUGGUGACCUUAAUUAGUCACUUAUGCCAAUUAAGUUUCUUAGCUUUUCUAGGUCUUAAAGAUGGAAAAUACAUCCUUAAAUAUAUUGACCCAGGCUUUUCACUCAACUGUUACAUGGCCCUCAAUGUUGAACAACUCCACUGUUAGCAGUAAACCUGAGGUAUAAAAGGAAGCAAAAUGCAGCCCAGAAUCUAACCAUAAAAUUAAAAGGAGACAUCCAAUCAUUUCUUUUUCCUUUCCUGUUAUCCUUGCAUAUUUGUAAUAGCUCUCUGAGCACACGAGCAAGGCCAUCACUAUUCAGCAAAACCGUGGGUACAUUUUGCACCUUAAACCCUGAAUCCCUGAUCUGUCAUGGGUUCCCAGCUGUGCCCAACAGACUCUGCAGAGAAGCUCAUUCUGUUAAUUCUUGCUGCAUCUCUGGUUUCAAAGGAACAUGUCAUCCGCCUUGGCAAUUUGCUAAAUAGAGAUGGGCCACUGAGUCUGGGCCAAGGGGAGUAACUGGUUUUGCUGAGCAGUUUUCAUAUCAAAUUAUUUUCAUUAGUACCACAUGAAAAGGUACAUGGGCAAAUUUUUAGUUUGAUUUGAUGCAUUUUUGUGACAAUGUACAAGGUUGAUUUAGGUUUGAGGGGUUUUUUAAAUUAGCUUAGCAGGAAAAGAAUGAAACUCUAAGGCCUACUGGAAACCAGUGUCAUGGUUUUCCUUUCCUAUGUCAUCAAAUAGUUUCUCUGAGAAAGCAAAGUAGCCAGAUUGCAUUAAGAAGCACAGGAUGGUAAUUGCAAUGACCUGAGCAGCCCUUAAAAUUCUGCCUGUUUUUAUACCUUCUACCAUGAAAACUUCAGCAAAGUUAUUCAGACCAGAGCAAAAUGAAAAUGUAUGUGGAGAGAAGUUUGGGAUUACUUAAUAAAAAAAAGGAAAUUCUCGAUAUCUUUGUAGCUGAGCAGCAGGCAAAUUAACAGUCAUAAUAUGAGGUACCACUUCAAUACAUAUAUACAGACUGCUACAGGACUGAGGAUGCUUUACCUAAACUUUUUAUUGCUAAGUGACCUGACUGUUCAAGGGCUGACAGAUAAUUUCACCUAGCAUUUUUAUUAUUCCUCAUGGACAUGUGAUUCCAUACACAAGGAUAAAUGCUUACCUUGAAAAUAUGUAGCUGUUCUGGCUCCCUGAGGCUAACUCGCUUGCUGAAUUGUUCUAGAAGAAAAGUUGAAGUACUUGCUUAGAAUAAAUUUGUGAGGGGGUGAGACUCAAUCUGUCCCACCUGCCCUGACUCUUACUGCAAUAUAUUUACUGUGGUUCUAAAAAAUAUGUUAGUUUAAAAUGCUGCUGGGUGACAAAUUUUGUGAAUCUUCUGCAUACAUCCACGGGAGCUCUUGUCUGAACGUGAAGUACAAGUUUUAUCCAUGUGCAGAGUUUUAAUUCUAUGUGGACGUAGAGACUAUGUGUAUUCCACUGGAUAUUCUGUUUGUAUGUAACUUCUGUAUACCAAGUGGAUUCUUUUUGUUUAAUUUUUUGUUUGAAGUUUUUUUUUCCUUUUGCGAUUACAAUAAAUAUUCAAGAGACUAUAUUCAUGAA